AGGAGGGCUACCGGAAGUGUCAUUUGAGGUUACGGGUGUCCUGAGCGGGAGUAUUUCGGUCCUAUUUGUUCAUUUGAAAAACAUUAAUUAGUUGAACGACAUGAGUAAAAGAUUUAACAUCAACCUGGACGAUACUGCUUUCAUGAAAGAAAGAACACCGCCAAAGCCGCAAUUUCUGUCGUCAUCCAAAGGGCAAGUCUCCUCAGCCUCAUCUGUGUCUUCCGCAAAGCCUGCUCCCGUGUCAGUGGACCAGCCCUUGUCCUAUGCACAAUAUAUUGUUCAGAGUAAACCCGGUGUGCUUGCUGCUGCACCCCAGAGAGAGCCUCCUCCCCCCAAACUUCCCAGGUCCGAUGGUACUGACGUCACCAGUCUGAAAGAAUCUGAGUCGGGUUCAAUUUCAUCUGCCACAGAUGGAUCUGAAGCAGUUCAGGACUGUACCAAAAGGACUGAAUGUGGAUCGAAAUGGGUUCAGACGAGUGAGGAGACUCAGGUGGUUGGCACAGACCAAACUGAGGUUAAAUGUCAAAAGUCAGAUGCAGGCCUCAGCCUGGGUCCUAAACCAGUCGGGUCUGGGAGCAGCAUUAUAGUCAGUACCAGACAGAGGGGAAAUCCCAUUUUGAAGUUUGUGAGGAGUGUCCCCUGGGAGUUUGGAGACGUUGUGCCAGAUUAUGUGUUGGGACAGACGACAUGUGCUCUCUUCCUCAGUUUGAGGUAUCACAACCUCAACCCAAACUAUAUACAUGAUCGUUUGAAGCAGCUUGGACAGACAUUCAUGCUGCGAGUUUUACUGGUGCAAGUAGAUGUGAAAGAUCCUCAUCAUGCAUUGAAGGAGCUGGCUCGCAUUUGCAUCAUGGCUGACUGCACUCUCAUCUUGGCUUGGAGUUCAGAGGAGGCGGGGCGUUAUCUAGAAACAUAUAAGUCAUAUGAAAAGAAACCAGCAGACGUACUGAAGGAGCAAGUUGAGAAAAACUAUCUGUCAAAGGUUACAGACUGCCUGACGACUGUUAAAUCUGUAAACAAGACUGAUGCCAUUACUUUACUGUCCACUUUUUCGUCUAUAGAAGGAAUCAUUAGAGCAUCUAAGGAAGACCUCGUUCUCUGUCCAGGCCUAGGUCCACAAAAAGCGAGGCGACUCCAUGAUGUGCUGCACAAGCCUUUCCUCAAGUCAAAAACAAAAGACAGCUGACCAAAUGAAGUCGGUCAUCACAUUGAACAGACGUGACAAACAUGAGGAUGCUGAACAUCAACAACUGAGAAUCAAGAUAAUGUCAAGGAUUUAAAAUGUGAACUCAGCUUUUAAAGUGUUUUUAAAAUAUGGAGUAAUAAAAAGGUGUUUUGUUGAAUUAA